AAGGAAGCUAUAAGUUGUUCCAAUUGCAAGAAUUAGCCUGUAUUCGCAUUACGCGUGGCUGAGUUCACGCUACGUCCACCACGAGGCGCCAGUGCGUUUCCACCGCAACCGUUUACUUUAGCUCAUGAGUUGCACAUCAGCCGCUGUGUGAGGCGGAUCGUUCUUUCUUUGUUGAUAUCAGGAACUCGAUUAAUUGAUAUCAAAAGCGUUGUCCGAUCAAAAUUACACUUUUUCCGUUAUUGUUGUAUUGGAAAAUUAGUGAUAAGAAAAUUAAUCACACAAUAUUUUUAAAGCGCGAGAAGAUUAAAUACUAAAAAUACUUAAUUUCAUCUGAUUGUUAUCAUUGUAAGUUAUAAUCAGAGUUUUAUCAGUGUUAAGUGAUAAAAAAAGAUUUAUUAAAAAAUUCUAUUUAAAAUUAAUAUUUUGCUUCAAGCGAAAGAAAAAGUGAAAUCCUAAUCAGGAUUUUAAAUGUUUAUUUAUUAAUCAUGUGUAACUUUCAAUACACGUUAGUGGAAUUAUUGAUUGUGGAUCGAUUGAAAGAUAUUUUUUUCAAAAAAAUUGCAUCUUUCGUUCAGGAUCAUUGAACUAUUGAGAUCUUCGAUUUCAUGCAUCAUUUCUUUCGACAAGAAAUUACUUGUGAUAUAAGCGAUCAUUCUUGGUCGCGUGUUGAUUGGUUAACGAUAAAAUAUAUAGUACCAAUGUCACCCUUGAGAUUAAACGAUUAUAGUGUUAUAUGCAACGUAUGUUGUCAGAACGUAUGGUUAGGUUGUUCCUGAAAGUAUCACGAUUCAAACAAAGUGAAGGGAAUCGAGUGCAACGAAUUCCAUUGGUUUUUGGAGUUUGGCAACGUAAACUCGGCGUCAAGCAUGAUUUUCACUGGCAGGUCCGUGGACGCUCUCGACGAAGUUCGCGGUAAUAACGUCCAGACAGAGAAUCGUCGAGAUGUUAGCGCCGUUGCUAUAGCCGCAGGAUGGUUCUCCAGUUUACGCAGACCCGGUAAAAAGAAUAAGAAGGGCUACCAAAAGCAGGCCAAGAGCGCAUGGGAUCUUAGCACAUUAUCUAUGCAAUUGAAAGAUGAGCUGGGUGAAGUGGUGGCUGAAAUGGAGGCGAUGGAGGGCGGUGGUCUCGCCACCGAUGAGACCAAGCCAUCGAAUAAGGCUAAGCAGACGUCGAUCGGCCGUAAGAAAUUCAACAUGGAUCCUAAGAAGGGUAUUGAGUACCUGAUCGAGCACAAUCUGCUAGCGCCAACGCCCGAGGACGUUGCCCAAUUCCUUUACAAGGGCGAAGGUCUUAACAAAACUGCGAUCGGCGAUUACCUUGGUGAAAGGCACGACUUUAACGAAAGAGUGUUGAGGGCAUUCGUCGAAUUGCAUGAUUUCACCGAUUUGAUCCUCGUGCAAGCCCUUCGACAGUUCCUUUGGUCGUUCCGAUUGCCCGGCGAGGCGCAAAAGAUCGAUAGAAUGAUGGAGUGCUUUGCACAGAGGUAUUGCCAGUUGAAUCCAAAUAUAUUUACGAAUACGGACACCUGUUACGUGCUCAGUUUUGCUAUCAUCAUGUUAAACACGUCCUUGCACAAUCCGAGCGUCAAGGAUAAACCUAGCGUGGAACAGUUCAUAUCCAUGAACCGUGGAAUUAACAAUGGCGGCGACUUGCCUCGAGAACUUCUUGUGAGUCUAUACGAAAGUAUAAAGACAGAACCGUUCAAGAUACCGGAAGACGAUGGGAAUGAUUUAAUGCAUACAUUCUUCAAUCCGGACAAGGAAGGUUGGCUUUGGAAGCAAGCAGGCGGACGUUACAAGAGCUGGAAAAGACGAUGGUUCAUAUUGAACGACAACUGUCUUUAUUACUUCGAGUAUACAACCGACAAGGAGCCACGAGGUAUCAUUCCGCUGGAAAACAUUCAGGUCAGAGAGGUGCAAGAUCGACACAAGCCACAUUGCUUCGAGCUCUAUGCCGCUGGCUCUGAGUUCAUCAAGGCAUGCAAGACAGAUAGCGAAGGAAAAGUUGUCGAAGGAAAACAUACCGUGUACAGAAUGUCUGCAGCCACAGAUGAAGAAAAAGAAGAAUGGAUCAAAUGCGUGCGGCAAAGUAUAUCGCAUAAUCCAUUCUACGAUAUGCUUGCGGCCAGGAAAAAGAAGGCACAAAAGACCAAUGUACAUUCGAAGAGUUAAACUUUACCAUAGAUAUAACUUCGAGAGAAGCUUGGCGAGACAUAAAAAGACUGUCUAUUCACGAUCCUGUUUUUUUAUCAGAAUCGUAUAGUACAAUAUACAAUCAAAUGAAUCUGGACGGAAUUCUAUAUGAAGAGAAUUUAGCAGGAAAAUAUACCUGUUGAUAGAUAUUUAUCAACGUAUCAUUGUUGAUCCAACUAAAAACUUGAAGAAACACAUACACAAAAAAGAAAAUAUACUUGAAAGAAAAAGAAAAUGGUGUCAUUAAUAAUUUUGUAUAAAAAUUAUGGUACGUUUUAGAGGCCUAAAUACGUAUUAUUUAAAUAGAAUUCAACAUAAA